AAAGAAACAUACGGGGUAUGCCAAGUUACCAAUAAGUCCCAAAUAAAAAAUGACCUAAAUUUAUGACGAUUAGACCUAGUACAAAACCUCCACUGAAUAUAUCGUUUCUUUCUUCGCACCGCGUCGAGUCCUGUUUGGUUGUCAGCGGUUUCGCGGAAUUAUUCGCAAGAAGAUUCGAUGCAUGGAUAUAAAGAGCGGGCGGAGAUUAGUACGGGCAUUACGAAUUUCAAAAUGCGGGUUCCGACAGUUUUAAUCUUUUUAUUUUAUAUUUUAAUUGUUUUAUUUUAUCGUGUAUGUGUUACGUGUUACUGUGUAUUCUGAUGGAUUUUAAUUAAAAACGUCCUAUUAUAUGAUUAUCAAGAUAUGUAUCGUAUGAUUGUCUAUCUUUAAGAUAUUAUUUCUAAAGCAUACGAUUAUUUUUUAAUUUCUGGGUCGUACAGUAAAGCAAAAAUUACAGGAAACUAUAUGUGAUUAUCUUAUUAAAUCGCAUAUUCAGGCAAUGACUUUGUGGGAAGAUAAAAUUUGCAGAAUAACUACUUCUUGCACUGUUGGAACAUUGCUUAAUGAAAAUAUCUUGGAACAAAACAGAUAUUAUUUACAAUCUAUUGUAGAAGUUAUACAGUUUCUGGCAAUCAACGAACUUGGUUUUCGGGGAAAUUAUACAUUGGACGAAAAGAGGGAGCAAGGUUUAUUUAAUAACCUGUUCGAAUAUACCGUUAAGAAAGAUCCAGUCUUGAAAAAUAUUAUUGUUCAUAUUCGGGAAUGUAUUGUUAAGGAUAUACAGGAAUCCGAUGUUACAUGGUUUACCUUAAUGGAAGAUGGAACCAGAGACAAAAAUAAUCGUGAAAAUAUAGCAAUAGCUAUUCGCUAUGUUAAAGGCGGAGUCGCUUUUAACUGUGACUACUACUAGAGAUUUAGAAGCAGCAACCUUUACGGAUGCUACUUCAAACAUUCUAAAUGAAACAAUAUUGAUCUAAAACGGCUCUUGAGCCAGUUUUAUGAUGGCGCUAGUGUGAUGAGCGGCAAAAUUUCAGGAGUUGCCGCGAGGAUCGGAAAAGAAAUGAACCGUAUGUUCAUUGCUACAAUCAUCGCCUGCAUCUAGUUGUUGUAAGAACCAUAUCAGACAUUACUUUUAUUCGUCAAUUUUUCGAUCAAUUUUUCGAUCAAUGCAUUAUGCUGCAUGAGUUUCUACAAUAUGGUAAAGUAGCUUCCUUAUACGAAGGCAAUACAAUUGGUAGACUUAUUGAGCAGUGUUGGUAAGGACAAUUGGUCAUUACAAGCUUAAAGAAUGCAAUCAAUAAUACAGUGUGAUCAAAAAGAAAUUUGUAAUCUAAGAUCAACCGAAAUUUAUAAAAGCAUUUUGAAGGAAGCUGAGAAUUUGGUAGAAGAAGAAACUGAAGAUGUUCUUUCCCGGAAGAGGCAAGUAAAAGUGGCCCACCUAGAGAACUUUAAAUUGUCUGGUCCAUCAUCUUUGCGUCAAAAUACAGAAACUGGUCAUGCAACUGAGCCAUUCAGACCUGAAUUUUUUAAAACAAUAGACCUAAUAACAGCUGAAUUAAAAAGAAGGUUUUCGAAAAAUGAUGAGUUACUAGCUUCGAUUGCAGGUCUUGAUGAACUAGAUGUUGAAAAGAUGCGCCAUUUACAAGAUUUAGGUAUAAAAAUUCCUUGCAAAGAAGAAACUACUGCCGUGAAACAAUACUUAAAAGACUUCGAAGACACAAACCAGAAUCUACUGGAAAUACUGAAUAAACAACGCCUUUAAAGACACGUAUGAGCUGUAUGCAUCAGUUGCAACAUUCGGAUGCAGCACAUUUUCUAUAUUGACUGCUAUCAACAAGCCUCAAAGAAUGUCAAUGACUCAGGAUGACAGGUUUGGUUUUUCUUGCUUUUGAAAGAAAAAGAACGGAGAACCUAGAUAUUGACCAAGUCCUUAGAAACUUUAAUAGUAUGGCAAAUCGAAGACUGCAAUUAUAUUGAUACCUCUUUUCUUAUUUAGAUAGAAAUUUACUUAAUUCCAUGUUUCGUUUUAUUUUUUGUUUUUAGAGUGUAUGUUUGUUAUUGUGAAAUAUUCGUCAUAUUUUCCUGCAAUGUUUUGGUUUUUAUGCUUUGUGUUUAUGUAGAUGGUUUUUAAAUUUAACAGAAAAUAUUAAAGUUUUUGUCUUUUACGAAUUUCUUUUUAUUACCUUUUUUGAUUAUCUAAAGGGCGGUAUAAUUAAAUAGAGGGAUUUAGGUCAAUUUCGAAAACCUGGUGCCCUACAUCAAAUUUCUGAUGCCCUACUUCAAAUUUCAUUCUAGCUACGGCCCUGCAGGAACAGAAGGAAUUAAAAAAGAUAUUAGGAGGCGGCACCCUGGAAUGCGAAGACCACUGCCAUUGGAGACAAGAAGGUUUACGACCGGGUUAUAGAUAUUGUUACGGGAAUAAUGGCUAAAGAGGAAAAAGAAAGAAAGCGUGACGAAUAAUAUAUUGGGUUUUUUAAUGUGUAUGUGUCGUCUAUUUUUAAUCCUUUAUCUAUACAAUUUUAAAAAUUAGAUUUAGGCUUUUUUUAUCUUUAUUUCAUUUAUACCUCUUUUUAAUCUUUUAUACGAGACAUAUUUUUUAAGUACCGUUUUACGAUUCCGCCGCCGCAACCCCAAGGUCGCGUUCCGCACAUGCGCGCUGGUUACCUACAUCUGACGCCUUUACAGUCUGAUUCUUCAUUGUUUACGUUGUUUAGUGAGUGUUUAAGAUGCCUCUCACAAUUGUGAGUCCCGCCGAUUGUGAAUUACGGGCUGUUAUACGAUUUCUUAGUGCUAAAGGCGUAAAACCGAUCGAUAUUCAUCGUGAGAUCUGUGAAGUUUACGGACAAAACAUUAUGAAUGAUGGAAUGGUAAGGAAAUAGGUGAGAGCAUUUAAAGAUGGCUGCACAAAUGUGCAUGAUGAAGAACAGAGUGGGCGUUAAUAAAGAUUUGGUGCAGAAAGUGGACGAAAAGGAACAGACGCUUCACAAUUUCAUCAUUAUGGGACUACUUUCCUCAAUAUUCUCGUAUUGUUUUUAUCGCAUUGUGAUCGUUGAAAUACUGGAAAUUGUGUUCACGUUGGGUUCCAAAAAGGUUGACGGAUUUGCACAAAACCCAACGUUUAAUCA